CAACUUCUCACAGGCAAGCAAAGAGAAACUCCCAGCAUCCAAGCAGAACUGCAGCUAGAGCUGCUCCAAACAAUGGAGAGUUUUUCCCAGGAGCAUGUCAUCGGAAUUCCUUUGGCUUCGUUUGCAUAUGCCCAAGAGGAAACACAAGGAAAACCUUCCUGUUCAGCCUUGGUUCAUAAGAAGAAUAAGAGUUCUUUCAUUUAUCGGAUGAGCAAGUUGAGCAAGAAAACCGAUAACUACAUGCAAGGGUUCAAAGAACACUUAAAUCUGGGACCAAAAUUUUCAGAAACUAUCAAAGGGAAGUUAAGCUUUGGUGCAAAGGUUCUACAAGCUGGCAGCAUUGAUAAAGUCUUCAGGGAAUACUUUGUAGUUGGGAAAGAUGAGAAAUUAUUGAAGGCGUUCCAGUGUUAUCUUUCAACCACAGCUGGUCCAAUAUCUGGAAUGCUUUUCAUCUCAACUGAGAAGAUAGCAUUCCAUAGUGAUAGGCCUCUGAGCAUAGCAUGUCCCAAAGGAGGCAGGACAAGGGUGCCCUACAAGGUGUUGAUCCCCGCAAAAAGGAUAAAGAGUGCUUCAGUGAGAGGAAAUUUGUACAAUCCUGAUGAGAAGUAUAUUGAUCUGGUUACUGUUGAUGGCUUUGAUUUUUGGUUUAUGGGUUUUAUUAGCUACGAGAAGUCAUUCAAAUAUCUUCGGCAUGUAAUUUCAGAGUUGAGAUGAUACACAUAGUUCUAUAGUCUGAAACAUACUGCAUACCAUCUUGAUAUGGUAUAUGUACAUCAAACAGAUAGAAUUGAUCAAUCACAUUGUAUUGAAACAAAAUUUUCCGGUGAUGUUCUUGAA